AUGUAUAAAAUCGUACUUCGUGGAAAUCAAUCAUCUAAUCUUUUGACAAUUAUUGAAGAAUUGGUUUAUAUUGGUAAUGCAUCUCGAUGUCAUUAUCAUACAAAAGAAGACGAAACAAUUCGUGUACUUAAUGGUACUCUUCAAGUUUAUCUGGAUGGUUAUCAAUUUUGUGCACCAGCUGGUACGAGUUUUUACGUUCCACGAAAUAUCAUACAAUCGAGUCGAAAUCUUGGUUCAAAACCAGUCCAUAUAGAAUUAUUAUUUUCGCCGUCGAAUAUUGAGAAUUAUUUGGAUCAAAUUACUCCUGUCUUUGUCAAACAGCCGGUCAAUAUGACUCGAGUAGCUGAACUUUCACGUACAUUUGGAGUAGUAAAUUUACCUGACAUUCCAUGGAAAGAUCUCAACUGUGCAUUUAAUAAUAGCAUGCUGUUCACAUCAUCUGUUCAUUUAAUAUUUUUCAUUGUUUUACUUCAUGUUCUUGCAUCUGUAUCAACAGAAUCAUGUGCUUCUGGUUAUUCAAGUUCUCCGUCAGGAACAUGUGUUAAUCUUCAAAUUGAUUUUAAUAAUUGUGGUUCAUUUGUUUAUGUAUGUGCUUCAUCAUAUACUAGCUGUUCAGCAGGUGUAUGUAGUAGUGCACCUGCUGUGCAACUUGUUGGUGCUAUUGCUAUACCAGGAUGGGGUGGACAAUAUUCAGUUGAUGAUAAUUAUGUUACACUUACUCUACCAAUGAGUUUAACAAUAAAUGCCAUUGAUAUUUGGGUUCUUUGUCUUGGUAGUUGUUCUGCUGAUUAUACAAAUGAAAAUCUUCCAAGUAGUAGUUUUGGAGGUCCAACAGUUUUUGGUUAUUGGGAUGAUCUUAUAAUUUAUUCUGGUACAUCUCAAAGUGUCUAUUAUAGUGUUGCUGAAACAGCACCUAAUCGAUUAGCAACAUUUGAAUAUGAUACAAGUCAUUAUGGUUAA